AUGGACCGAAUAUGGGCACAGGUGACAGUAGGCACUGCCACGUUUCCUGUUUUGCCGCGUGCCACGUUGGUUAGCCCUGCCAUGAUGAUAUUCUCGAAGGGCCGUGGAAGAAGUUUAAUAGUGGGCCCUGGUUGGUUUCUAGAGACCUUUUCCCCGAUGUCAAAGCAAUGGCUGUACCUGAUUCCCGUCUGCUGGCUGGUUGGUUUGGAGCCUGGCAUUGAUGCUGGAUGUUGA